GGAACCAGCCUACGUGGUGCCCGUGUCUCUUCCACACCGAGGACAGAUUCAACUUCUACUGGAUAUUUAGCAGUUUUUUUUAAAGUUACUCCAAAAUGUCUUGUUUACAUAAACGUCCAAAAAGGACGAAAUCCGAGGAACAGGCUUUCCAGGAGCAGAUGAAAAAAGUUGCGUUGGAGAACGGAAAACGCCUAGGUUUGGAGGGAGAUCCAGAUCUACAGUUCCUGCUGGAUGGCGGGAAGCUGGUGAAGAUCCGCUCCAGGUCCUGGAAGAAGGCACGCUUCUUCAAAUUGCUGGAAGACUGCAAAACGUUUUGGCAUGAGUCCGGCAAACCAUUCAGGAAAAACCAAACCUUCUCCAUUGAUGAUAUUGAUUCAGUGCGCAUGGGCCGCCAGUCUGAGGGUCUCAAUAAACACACAGACCCCAGCAUAGAUGAGCAAUGCUUUGCCAUCAUCUUCAAGGGUCGCAAGAAAAAUCUGGACCUGAUGGCAGCCAGCGGGCCGGAGGCGAAACAGUGGGUGACCGGCCUUGAGAAGAUCAUGACCACCAUGAGGAACCUCAGCCGCCAGCAGAACAGUGAGCACUGGAUCAUAAACUGCAUGCGGAAAGCAGACAAGAAUGACGACAACCAGAUGAGCCUGAAGGAGCUGAAGCACUUCCUGCGACAGGUCAAUGUUGAAGUGGACGACUCAUAUGCAGAGGAAAUAUUCAAGAAAUGUGACACGUCCAAUUCAGGCUCCCUGGAGGGCUCUGAAAUCAAACACUUCUAUGACCUGCUGACGCAUCGGGAGGAGAUCGAUGUGGUUUAUGGAAAUUUUGCCGAAACAGAGGGUCAGAUGAGUGCAAGAGACCUGCUGAACUUCCUGUUGAAUGAGCAGAGGGAGCAGGUGUCCAUGGAGGACGCCCUCAAGUUGAUUGAAAAGUACGAGGUGGAUGAAACAGCGAAGCAGAAGAAUCGCAUGACCAAAGAUGGCUUCCUGAUGUACCUGCACCACGAGGAUGGCUCCAUCUUCAACCCAGCCCACAAAGACGUGUAUCAGGACAUGACCCAGCCCCUCAACCAUUACUACAUGUCCUCCUCUCACAACACGUACCUGAUGGAAGACCAACUCAAAGGACCCAGCAGCACAGAGGCCUACAUAAAAGCGCUGAUGAAGAGCUGUCGUUGUGUGGAGCUGGACUGUUGGGAUGGAGCUAACGGGGAGCCUGUUAUUUACCACGGCUACACUCUCACAUCCAAAGUGCUCUUCAGAGACGUCAUCAGAGCCAUCAAAGAGUACGCCUUCAAAACAUCAGACUACCCAGUGGUCCUGUCCCUGGAGAACCACUGCACCGUGGAACAACAGAAGCUCAUGGCCCAUUACCUGAUCUCCAUCCUGGGUGAUGCUUUGGUCACAAGGCCUCUGGGGAACACAAUGACCAAGAACUUCCCCUCACCUGAGGAGCUGAAGGGCAAGAUCCUCAUCAAGGGGAAGCGAUUGAACAAAGUGAAUGCUGCCUCUAACAACAACAGCACCAUAGAUGAAGAUACUGUGUCUGAGGAGGAUGAGGCUGCAGAUUGUAAGGACAAUGGACAAAAACCCAAACCAAAGAAAUCCAAAAUCAAACUGGCCAAGGCACUCUCAGACAUCGUCAUCUACUGCAAGAGUGUUCAUUUUAAUGGCUUUGAACACGCUAAGGAGAACCAGGAGUUCUAUGAGAUGUCUUCCUUUAAGGAAACUAAAGCUUUCAACCUGGCAGAGACUUCAGCUACUGCCUACAUCCAUCACAACAUGGACAAACUCAGCAGAAUCUACCCAGCUGGCUCCAGAACGGAUUCCUCAAACUACAACCCAGUGCCCAUGUGGAAUGUUGGCUGCCAGAUAGUGGCAUUGAACUUCCAGACUCCCUCAAAGGAGAUGCACAUAAACCAGGGUCGCUUUCUGCCAAAUGGGGUUUGUGGCUACGUCCUGAAACCUGAAUUUCAGAGAAGUCUGUCCUCUCAGUUUGAUCCCAACACACUUACCAAUGGGCCAUGGUUACAGAGGAAGAACUUUUAUGUCAUGGUGAUCUCAGCUCAACAGUUACCAAAGCUCAACAAGGACAAACAAAAGUCCAUUGUGGACCCUCUGGUUAGAGUGGAGAUCUUCGGUGUCCCAGCUGACAACGGCAGCAAGGAGACACACUAUAUUGAAAACAAUGGGUUCAACCCCAUGUGGAAUGAGAAAUUCCAUUUUGACAUCCAUGUUCCGGAGCUAGCCAUGGUGCGAUUUGUGGUUGAAGACUAUGACUCAACAUCCCAGAAUGAUCUCAUCGGGCAGUACUGUCUGCCACUAACCAGUGUACAGAAUGGAUAUCGACACGUCCCGCUUCUGACCAAGAGAGGAGACAUCAUCAGCUCAGCCGGACUAUUUGUGCAUCUCAUGCUCAUUGAUGCUCAGUAGGCAUCAGUUUGGAAAAACCCUGAGAAGUAUUCUUUGGAGACCCUAGGAGGAAUGGAAUUUCUCCAGUUUUAAAGCUAAAUAAAAGAACUGAUCAAUGUUUUUAAGGAAAAAAAAUGUCAUCAGCCAAACUGAAGUGGUUGACUCUCUGUUGUCUGUUUAACACAGUCUUUGUAUAAUUUUAGAUUUUUGUGAAAAAAAAUUUUUUUUGGAAAGGUCCUGUAGGUUUACAAAGCAAGAUGGAAAAAUGUGAGUGAUAGAGCAGUGAAUGAGCAGUUUAGCGCAUUAUUUAAAGUGUCAUUCCCAGUUCACUUAUUGACUGUUAAUCUUAAUAAUAUUUUUAUGUUUUACCAUUCCCCUUUAGCUUAUGUUUUGCUCAAACUCAGAAAGCACAAAAAAAGUAAAUCUGUGUUAAUGUGUUAUAUUUUGUUUGACUAAUCAGAUAAUAUAAUGCAGUAUAAUCAGACCGCAAAUGUUUUGCCAGAGAGUCACACGUAUGUCUGUGUGCAUGUGUUCAGGUUUCCUUCGUGCAAUGUUUUUCAAUGUUUUUUUUUCCAUAUUUUUAACCAGACUAAAUGUGCUUUACAACAUUUGUCUAUAAAUAUCUGCAAAUCUUUUUCAACACAUUUGAUCAAGUAUGUUGUGUCAGACUUGAAUUUCGUUUUUUUUGUCAUCUAAUGUACUACAGCAGUUUUCCAUAACAAAUCCGUAUCUUCGCUUUCAGUUUGUCACUUUAGCAGACAUUUGCACUAGCUCUCGAAUAAAACCAUCACUGUCUUGUUUAA